AUGGAAGAGUCAAGUCUCACAGUUGCACCAUCAAUUCUUGAUGGAGACAAUUAUGAAACUUGGGCUGUUAGAAUGACAGUUCAUCUACAAGCACUUGAUGUUUGGGAAGCAGUGGAAGAAAAUUAUGAAGUUCCUCCCCUGGGAGCCAAUCCAACUGUGGCUCAAAUGAAGUUGCAUAAAGAAAGAAGGACAAGAAAGGCUAAAGCGAAAGCUUGCUUGUUUGCUGCAGUUUCACCAUCAAUUUUCAUCAAAAUCAUGAAAAUUGAUUCAGCUGCAGAAAUUUGGGAGUAUCUCAAGGAGGAAUACAAAGGAGAUGAAAGAAUCAAGAACAUGCAGGUGAUGAACUUGAUUCGAGAAUUUGAAAUGAAGAAAAUGAGGGAGUCUGAUGCUGUUAAAGACUAUGCUGCACAACUUCUUUCAAUAGCAGACAAAGUUAGGCUGCUUGGAAAAGAAUUUUCCAAUGAGAAGAUUGUUCAAAAGAUAUUGGUUACACUUCCUGAGAAAUAUGAAACUACAAUUUCCUCUUUGGAGAAUUCAAAAGAUCUGUCAACUAUUAGCUUGACAGAAUUAUUACAUUCCUUGGAGGCUGUAGAACAAAGAAGACUCAUGAGACAAGGAGAUACUGCAGAAGGAGCAUUUCAAGCAAGAAUGCAGAAAAAUGCAGGCCAUAAAAAUGGAAAGGUGAACAACAACAAGUCGUGUGGCAACAACCAGAAAAAUGGAGUUUUUCCACCUUGUCCUCAUUGCAAGAAGACAAAUCAUUCUCCACAAAAAUGUUGGUGGAGACCAGAUGUGAAAUGCAACAAGUGUGGUAAACAAGGACAUGUGGAGAGGAUUUGCAAAAAUCAACAGCAGGAAGAAACUAGUGCAGCAGUUGACUAUUGUCAGGAGGAGCAAUUGUUUGUAGCAACGUGUUUUGCUAAUAAAAGCACCUCUAAAAGCUGGCUUGUGGAUAGUGGUUGUACAAACCAUAUGACAAAUAAUCAAGAUCUCUUUAGAGAACUUGAUAGAACAACUAUUUCCAAAGUCAGAAUUGGAAAUGGUGAGUAUAUUCCAGUGAAGGGCAAAGGAACGGUUGCUAUCGAAAGCCAAACAGCAAGGAACUGGCUGACUAAUUGGAUGAGUUUUGACAAUGAGAUUCGAACCCUGACAGAAGUUCAGCACCGAAAUAUCAUUAAGUUUUAUGGGUUCUGCUCCAGCAAGGGAUUCAUGUACUUGGUUUAUAAAUAUAUGGAGAGAGGUAGUUUGAGAAAUGUAUUGUAUGGGGAAGAAGGGGAGGUGGAGCUGGGCUGGGACACAAGGGUUAAAAUUGUGCAAGGACUAGCUCAUGCACUUGCUUACUUGCACCAUGACUGCUAUCCACCUAUCGUGCACCGUGAUGUGUCGCUGAGCAACAUUUUGCUUGACUCAGGGUUUGAGCCGCGUCUCUCAGAUUUUGGCACAGCAAGACUUUUGAGCCCAGGUUCACCUAACUGGACCCCAGUUGCAGGGACUUAUGGCUACAUGGCACCAGAGCUGGCCCUUACAAUGCGAGUCACAGAUAAAAGUGAUGUCUAUAGCUUUGGAGUGGUGGCAUUGGAAGUAAUGAUGGGAAAGCAUCCGGGGGAGCUCCUAUUUUCACCAGCAUUAUCAGCAUUAUCUGAUGAUCCUGAUUCGUUCAUGAAGGAUGUGCUAGACCAAAGGCUCCCACCUUCCACAGGACAAGUAGCAGAAGAAGUGCUGCUUGUAGUUUCAGUAGCCUUGGCAUGCACACAUGCCGCUCCUGAGUCACGACCCACCAUGCGUUUCGUGGCAAAACAACUAUCAGCUCGAGUCCCUGCUUCCCAGUCACACAGUAAUCCUUAA